GUGCCCCCAUGUUUCCUAAGAAAUACAAAUAAAAUAAAUUGAAGUGUAAAUAACAUUAUAAUUGAAUAAAAUACAACGAUAUUAAGACAUUGUAAAAAUGUUUAGUUAAAGCUCUAGUGGAUACAAUUAUAAUUAUGUUUGCAGACAAACAUUUUGGGGGCAAUAUUUAUAUUAUUCAUGCUUGGAUUUCAUUUAGAGGCAUGACUUAUAUCAAACCAAGUUACAUGAGAUACACUCGCUUCAAAGAAGGAAUUAAUGUAAAUGUUUAGUUAUAUUUCACAACUGUCAUUAAAUAACGGGCUUUUGUUAAUAUAAAAUACAUAAAUAAACCUCGUACUCCCGAGUGGCCGCUCGAUUUAUCUGUGAUCUCUGAAUCAUCUACUAAGCCUUUCAAGGAAGGUUAAUCGACCGCGGAGCUGCAGGAUCGACCAUCGGUACGCAGGGGUCUGUUUUUCAGCCAAAAUGGUUUUCAACCGGUUUUUACUUAGAGCUGCUCUAGACAGCAGAGUUGGAUGCAGGUCCAUGUUCACGAGCAGCAAGCCGGACACUGUCAACCCCAACUGGCUGCGAGUUGGACUUGCCAUUGGAAGUUCGGUUUUCCUUUGGGGCCUGCUCUUCAGGCAGCACAUCACAGACGUGCAUGAAUACAAAGUUAGAAAUGGACUGGAAUAACCCAACAUGCUGGGGCUCGUCGCAUCCUCUUGGAUUCACCUGUUUCUCCACUUGUUUAUUUUUCCACUGCUCCUGAUUACUGUUCCCUGUAAAAUAAAGAUAUAUUACGUCAAAUGAGA